UGCUGGCGCUGACUGACCGACGCCCUGCUGGGCCGCCAUGUCCGCGCCGGGGCGGGCUGGGGAGCCGGACCGGACCCUGUUCGUUGGGAACCUGGAGAGCCGCGUGCGGGAGGAGAUUCUCUACGAGCUCUUCCUGCAGGAAGAUCUACGUAUAAAAGACUGAUCAUCAGAGCACAUGGUUUGUUACUACUAGUUCUUGAAGAACCAGAUCAUCUGCAUUAGACAAAUCCUGAGCAGCAGACUGGAUCCCUGUAGGAAACUUGCAGAUUAGGAAAAAAAAUUACUUAGAGAUUCAAACAACUCUGGAAAAAAUAAAGCAGAGUUGAAAUAGUUGGUGGAUGAUUUGCCAUUACUUUGAAAUGUGCCUUCCUUUAAAAACCAAAUACUUCAAGAUGUUUGAUAAUGCAAGAUCACCUUUCUGAAGACUCCCUGCACAGGAUAGCGUGAGCUGAAUCUUCUGCCUAUCUUGAUCAUCAUUCUGCAGUGAUAGAAUUAGAAAAAAAAAAUGGCUGGACCAUUAACCAGUGUGACCAUAUGUAAAGACAAAGAAGGAAAACCCAAGUCUUUUGGAUUUGUCUGCUUUAAGCACACAGAAUCAGUGCCUUAUGCUAUAGCUUUGCUGAAUGGAAUCCGUUUAUAUGGAAGACCAAUUAAAGUACAGUAUCGAUUUGGGAGUUCCCACUCACCAGAGUUAAACAGCCCUAGUCAAGGUUUUGAGAACUGGGUUGACAUAUAUUCACCAACAUAUAGGAAUCAAGAGCCUUAUGGAAGUCCUCCAUUUCCCAUUACUCCUUUUCCAAUGAACAAUGGUUUAUCUCAGGAAUAUUCAGUCUUUCAAAAGAUGAUGAGCCAUUUUUUAACACAGCAGUAUGCUGUUUACAGUCCAAUGGAACAGCAGCUUCCUUACUAUCAGAUGACUCCACCACCAUCUUCAGUUUUGCCCAUGCCACCCUAUAUGAAUCCUGUUGAGGAUUUUAAAGCUGGGCAAAGCUCUUUUGAGUGGGUUCCUCCACAGCUGAGUGACUGUGAAUCAUACCUGGCUAAUGAAAAUGCUUGUAAAAGAAAAAGAGAGCAGCAAACUAGUGAUAGUGAAAGUAGUAUGGAAAAUGACAGAAAAAAACAAAGAGAACAUGGCCAAAAAUACCGGAAGUGUAAAGUCAAGAAAAAAAGGCACUAAUACUGUGUGACUGAGUUCAGUUUUUUUUUUAAUUGCACUUUUGUUCUUUUUAUUUGAGAAUGAGCAUCUCUCUCAUUUUUGCACUUUACAAAAAUGAAUUCACAAGAUUCAUGACUCUUAUUUUUGAAAUGUAGUAUGUAUAAAGUAUCCUGACAUUGCAAUUAACAUAUUUGGAGGAAGAAAUCCUUCUAAAAAAGGUAUAGGAAAAGUAUUGUAAAAGUUGGACUUUUCCUAAUAAAGAACAAAAGCA